AUGGGAAUUGCAAAACUGAAGCGUUUCUUAGCCGAACAGCAACGCAAAUGCGAUCAUAUUCUCAACGAAGUCGCCAAGAUCAACUUGUUCGGCGAUUUCGACAACAGCAUGGAGCGGCUUCACCUGUCAGAAAGGUAUUACAACCUUACGGAAGCGAAUGCCACCGUCAACGAGAUCGACACCAAAGUAGAGAUUUCUCCAUGUUCGCCGAUCGCGGUGAAUCAUUCCUGCUGGACUCUCUCGCCCGGCAUGACCGUUUUAUCCUGCCCAAUCGCCUGGUCUAUGGGACACAAUCUGACGAGUAAUAACCUGAGGAACCUGAGCAGCAAAAUCUGUCUGGCAAACAGCCAAAGGUUCCAGAAUGUGAGCGGCUCCUUCUGGAGCCUGUGCACAGAGAGUAGCACGUUCUAUACGUUUGAUGACCGCAGGCUCAAAUAUUCACGAGACCUCGUAGAGGAAUUGUCCAAAUGGUUGCGGAUCAUCAGAAUAAUGUCGCUAAUAGGAUACACCACAUCCUUGAUCACCUUGAUCGUCGCUAUGGUGAUCUUCUCUUCACUUCGAAAGCUUUGGAAUCCUCGAAAUAAGCUGCACAUGCAUCUUUUCGCAUCCUUUAUCAUGAGGGCCUUCACGGCACUUUUGAAGUAUUGGAUCUUCAUUGAUGGCAUCGGAUUGUCUUGGGACUUCUUUAUCGACGGGAAGAUCGUCUUCAUCAAGGAGACGUGGGUUUGCAAGCUUUUUACGAGUCUAUGGCAAUACUCCAUCAUAGCGAACUACUCGUGGAUCCUGAUGGAAGGAUUAUACCUGCACAAUCUAAUAGUCUUGGCACUUUGUUCCAAUUCUAGUCCGAUAACGCUGUAUAUCCUUUUGGGCUGGGGUCUUCCCGGUUUGGUAGUAGUGCCAUGGAUCGUAACACGCGCCACCAUAGAGGAUACUCUCUGCUGGACUACCCACGACAAUCCCUCGCUUUUUCGCAUCAUUAGAAUACCGAUUAUGAUAUCUAUUUUGUUCAAUUUCGUGCUGUUCCUGAACAUCGUUCGCAUGCUAUUCGUGAAGCUGAAGACAUCGGUGUACCUGCAGCACAAGAAGAUGCAAUACAAAAAGUGGACGAAGUCGACUAUGGUCUUGGUUCCGCUUUUCGGAGCCCACUAUACCCUGUUUCUGGAAUUAUCUUACUACAUUGAUAAGGACUACCGCAUUGAGCUCAUCUGGAUGUUUUGCGAUCAGCUGUUCGCGUCUUUCCAGGGUACUUUUGUGGCUUUACUUUACUGUCUACUAAACAGCGAAGUAAGAGCGGAAAUGUUUCGAACUUGGAAAACCCGACGAUCCAAGUGGUACGUUGAUUCUUUCAACUCCGGACAUCGAGAAUUGUUGAAGAACUUGAAGAGCAAGACUAGCCGAAAGCGGUGUCGAUCGGAGGGCGACAACGGAUCGUCCAAUUCUGCGGGUACAGCCAUGAGGGAAUUAUCAUUGCCGUAG